UAUCACGUGUUUAGUAUCAACAACCACGAUGUCAGAAGAGAAUCAGCAUACCUCGGAAGAAACCGAAGAAGAAAUGAAUGCCGAAAAUCACAGUAACGAACAAUCUAAAAGUGACACAAGUAUAUUAAACAAUGAAAUGGAACAACCUAUGUUAGAAGACGAAGAAAUGCCGACGUACAUUAGCGUAUCGACUCCGUCGAGGCGCGAAGAAUCGGAUAUCAAUAAUACAAAACAACAAGACAGGAUACCAAUAGAAGAGGAUCACAGUCGAAGUCCUUAUCCUAGUGAUGAUCAAGGAGGAGGUAGUAUUUAUGUGUUAUCUUCUGGGGAAGAGAGUAAUCACCCUUACAACAACGAAGAUGAAGAAGAUGAGUAUGCAGACAGUGAAGAUAUGGAUGAAAUGGAACUUGAAAAUGAUCGUGAAAAUAUAAUGUUAGAAGAUGAAGAAGAGGAUGAUGAUGAUGAUGAGGAUAUUGAAACAGAAUACGACCCAGAUUGUUUUGAUAGAGCGUCUGAUGAUUUUAUUUUAAAUAACAGAAUGAAACAACACCAUAAAGAAAGAAGUUUAUCCUUACAAGAUUUAAGUUUCACUAAGAACAAUAUUCAUAGUCCGUAUAAUAAUAAGAAGAGGCACAGUUUAAAUAUAUUUGCGCAAAACUAUACAGGCCUACAACCAAAUCCUGUUGCAAAUAAAAGGCUGUCUAUGCCACUUAAAUAUCAACAUGUGGAAAGUAAAGUAAAACGGUAUAUUAGAGACAUAAAGGAACAAAAUAGGAAGUCAAUGGAAAAACGUGUUAAAGAACAAGAAUACAUAAUAAAUAAAGAUUACGAAGAAAAUGAAAAUAAUGACACUGAUCCAUUAAAACUACCAGAAACAAACAAGGUCAUAAAAGAUUAUGCAGAGAAGGCAAUUAAGGAUUUGCAACGUGAAGAAAAUAAUGAAGCUGGUAAUUCAAUUUAUAAUACAGCACAAAUAGUAGAAAACUGUGAUAAUAACAAAAUAGAUAUCAAAAUAACUGAAAGUCAAUAUAAAAAUAUUCGAAGGGACGGUGACGUGAACGCAUACAAUGAUAUUCAAAAUGAAAAACGUGCACAAAACUGCGAUGAUAAAUUAGAGAAACGAAAUGGUUCUGUAGAUGUUAAUGCACAUCAUAUUGAAUAUCAAAAUACAGUAGAUAGGAAUGUAAAAUUUAAUAACAUGGAUCAACCUUCUUUAGUUAACGGUCAUCAGCAGGCACCUACAGUUUUCAAUCUACGUACAUUAAGCUAUGAAGAAUACAUGCAUGGUACACCCAACUCUGGACAAAAGGAAGACACGAAGGAGCAAAGGCACAAGACUCAAGAAAAAACUAGUGAACCAGAAACAUAUAAUGACACGGAGAUGAUUAAUAUACAAGAAAUGGAAAACAGUAAUACAAGCUGUGCAUUGAAAAUUGAGAAUGUCAAAAGUAUCAGAGUAAUGCAGGAUGAAUCAGAAAGUUUAAAUUUUGCAAAAACGAAUACCGAAAAUAUGGAAAUAAUGCAGCUGAAAGCUCAGCUGACUCAAAAAGAUGCUCAGUUUCAUAAUUUACGAAAUGCUUAUCAAAAAACAUUGGCCGAAAACAUAAAAAUGAAACAAGAAUUAGAUGCUUUAAAGAAGUCGUUAGCAAAAUAUGAAAAUGAAAGCAAAGUGUGUGAAACAAAAAUUGCAGCUGUGCAAACUGAGACUACUGUAGAUACAACAUCCAAACCAAAAAUAAUUGUUACUACAGUAGAUACAAAUAAUAAAAUGUCCACCAGCAGUGUUGCAUCUACAAUAAGUUCUAUUGAUCACUGGGCAGAUAGCGCUUGUAGUCCAGCUAUAUCUAUUAAACCACCUGAUGUGACACCAAUUCUUAAUUCUGACGAUAGUAUGAUACUCACUGAUGGUACUCCAAGAAAAUUGCCAUAUCCAUUGUCUCGAACAUUCAUUACUUCAUCUCGGAUCUUGCAGACUCUCUCCAACAUAACGCAAGGCAAAACAAAGGUUGAAAGUCCAUUGGUGAGAAAUUCCAAAAAACGAACAAACGAAACUUCAUUGAAUCAUUUAUCAAAUUUGGAGUACAAUUCUCCAAUGCACGCUUCAACUUCCAAAAAACGAAAAGCAACAGAUAUGCUUGGUGCUUCCACUUUCGUUCAACCAUUUAAAAUACCUCACACAGCCAUGUCAUCUGAAAACAAAGAUACUAGUGCCACGAAUGUGGUAUUUAAAUAUUCAGAGGAACAUCCAAAUAAAAAAGCAGAACAAUCACAGGAUACAUCUAUGAAUAAAAACAAUGAAGAUUCUGUACCCUUAGAAACUGAAGCUGAAGAAACUAAUGAUCUUGAUGAAGAUGUAAAAUGCUUCGUAUAUAGAGAUAAUGAAAAUAGCAAAAAUAAAAGUUUCUUGAUUCAAGCAGAAGAACCAACAAAAGAUGCAAUGGAAAAUGAUAAGAAUCGUAUCCAAGAAUGCGGUCCUUACUUAUUAGGUAAUCUUGAAGUAAGAAUGUCUGAAAUAAAUGGUACAAUUAGCAUUUGGGGUAAAGAAGUCAAUCGGGAAUCUCCUAGUGAUAACGAAGACGAUAUGGAGGUGUCUAUAAAGUCGAUUGAAAAGAAAACAUGUAUGUGUUUGGAAAAAACACCGCAGGCCAGAUUUAAUGGCAAUUCACUUGUAUGUUCAACUAAUAGAAAACAGAAGCCCCCGUCAAGACUCAAUAAAUCUGGUGUUUCUCCGUGUCGUCACUCUAUGCCAUCAAAUACGAUGAAAUCGCCUUUUUUACUAGAUGAUCUAAACGAUCAGAGAUACGUGGGUAAUCUUUUCACCCGAAGGAACAGCGUGGCCUCGUGUAGGAAUUGCGAUUCUGCUCAACAUCGAAAAGCAUGGUCGACGUGUAAAAGCAUGUCGGAUUCGCAAGAAAAAUUACAUUCCUGUUGCUCGAACCACACAGAAUUCAUAGAUAAAGACUACAACUGCGGCUCGUAUCACGACAGACAGAUGUACGACGAUAGUCCUAAUCAUAGUAAAGAUAAAUUCCAUGUUAAAGGGGUUCGAAGGAAUUCCCUCAGAAAUGUAUUCAGUCCUGAAUUGAGUAACCAUUUACACGAAAACACGAAUACCGCCACCGAAAUGAAUGAAGUAACUUGCAAGUACAAUAAUACAUGUCGACGUUCCCUACAAAAUACAUCCAAUAGUAGCCAACAUUCAACAAAAUAUUUUAACACCAAUAGGGAUGACACAUGUACGUGUAAGUCAUCCUCGGGAAGUACACAUAAACACGACUGUUUUGAAAGGCCAACGUGUAGUUAUAGUCACUCAAACGAAGGCGAAGAAGAUCUUCUAAUUCCGUCGAAAUUAUCUGGCGAAACACCUGAAACAAGGCAACGGAGAUUAAGUGGCAAAAGGGUGCGAGGAAUUCUUAUGGAUCUCUUAAGAGGGUGUGGAGACUGUCGUAGCCCUAAUGAUAAUAGUGUCAACAAAAGCAGUCUAAAACAGAAGGAUUCAUCCCACAUAACGAACGGUUCACCGUGUAGUAAAGUCUCUCAGUGUCCUACGCCUGAACCAACAUGUUCGAGUUCUACGCAAUGCAAUGACAGAUGCUGUCAUGCAUAUGCCAGACGAAUCGAGUCUCAACUGGAAGAGUUCCGAAUGGAAAUGGAAAGAGUACGAUCACGUUCGGAUGCAAUCCUCGACAUGCUCAAUAUGCUUCACUCUGUUGACAUGAACUAAAGAAACCACUAUGACUCUUAAACUAAGUGCUUUUUCCUUGUACAAAUCACUAUUUCUUAAUUUCCUUAAGUCAAGGUGUACGCACUAUUGUCAAACUAUUUUAUUUACCUCUUCUACUUCAUUGCAUAUAAAAAGUACGUGAUCGAUUUAUUGAAUAAAAUACAUUCGCGUCGAAAAAAACGAAAGAAACUGCAACAUUGUACUAUACACAUCGUUUUUGUAUUACAACAUUUCAAUUUACGUGAGAUCCUAUUCACAAUCAAAUUUCGUAAUGAUUUUUGUAUCCUACAGUUUAAAUAUGUAUCACUUUUUCAACGACAAUUUAUCUAUAGUGUUAUAGACGUAUCUACCUACGAAGAUUAGACAAUUUUUGUGUUUUGUUCUCGAUGAACAAUGUUUGACAUAGUAAUAUUUAUGCGAGUGCACAGUAAGACGACU